ACAGAUACCCAGUUUCCGUGUGUUAGCGUGUGUGUAUAGUGUCUGCCAUCCUGCCUCCACGGAGACAUCGCCGGGCACUUAGAGACACUGCCCCUCCCACAUCGUCCAGCUUAGGUGAAUGAUCUGUAUCAGAGCUCCGCCCCUGCAGUCCAACGCUCCCCGAUGCUCCUCCUUCCUCUCAGGGGAUGGCCAAGGUCCAGGAUGGACAGACCAACGCAUGUGACAGCUCUGCGAUGUUAGAGGAGAACCUGGAUGCUAUGGAAAAUGGCAGCCUGACUACUGGCUCAGCAGCUCGACAGGUCACCCUCCAGCGUCACCCCACUCAAGGCUUUGGCUUCAUCGCAGGCAGCCAGAGACCCGUCAUCGUUCGCUCUGUCUCCACUGACGGCCCUUCCAUCGGGAAACUUCUGCCCGGCGACCAGAUCCUGGCUAUAAACGAGGAGCCGGUGAGCGAGGCGCCCCGGGAGAGAGUCAUAGACCUUGUAAGACGCUGCCAAGAGUCUAUUGUUCUCACUGUGCUGCAGCCCCACCAGUCGCCCAAGUCUGCCUUCAUAAGUGCAGCCAAAAAGGCCCAACUGCGAACCAACCCGCCAAAAGUGCGCUUCUCCGAGCAAGUGACCAUCAGCGACCCGGACUCAACAAUGCUCAAGGACGAAUCCCUGCUACUCAUACCAAACGUGCUGAAGGUCUUCCUGGAGAAUGGACAGAUCAAAUCCUUUACAUUUGAUAGCCGUACAACUGUAAGGGAUGUGAUGUCAUCCCUGCAGGACCGCCUCUCUCUUCGCUACAUCGAGCACUUUGCGCUGGCGCUGGAGGCAGGGGGGGUGGAGCAGAACCAGCGGCUGCAUCUGCUGCAGGAGAAUCAGCCUCUGUCACACGUGGUGCAUAGGACGUACUUCCAGGGGAUGAAGUGUCUGUUCCGCAUCUGCUUCUUCCCCAAGGACCCUGCAGACCUGCUCAGGAGGGACCCGGCUGCGUUUGAGUACCUCUAUAUACAGAGUCGCAAUGACGUCAUCAAGGAGCGCUUUGGAAUGGACUGGAAGUCGGACAUCACAUUGCGAUUGGCAGCCCUCCAUAUCUACAUCACUGUGUCCUCAGCUCGGCCCAAUCAGAAGAUUUCCCUCAAGCAUGUGGAGAAAGAGUGGGGUCUGGAGCCAUUCCUUCCCCUCACGCUGUUGCCCACUGUGAAGGAAAAGAAUGUCUGCAAGAGCUUAUCUCAACUGCUCAAGACCUAUCAGCAUCCACCGCCAUCAGGAAACAAGGUUCCCCCGCUCCAGGGGAAGUUGCAGUACAUGCGAGUUCUCAAUGACCUUCCACCUUUCGGCGGAUUGCUGUUUCACACUGUUGGACUGGAUGAGAAGCAGUCGGCCACCACUCUGCUGGUGGGCCCCCGUCAUGGGAUCAGCCACGUCAUCGACCUCAAGAACAAUCUGACCACGGUGCUCUCCGAGUUUAGCCGCGUGUCCAAGGUCCAGCUCCAUCGAGAGAACCAGGGUGUGGCCCGGGUGGAGGUGUCCAUCCACGAGGCAAAGUCUCCUAAUUCCCCACCCUGCCACCCCCCACAGCCCCUGGUGCUGCUGAUGGAGUGGCCCGAAGCCAGCAACUUUGCCUGUCUCAUAUCUGGCUACUACAAGCUGUUUGUAGACCCCAAGCGGACCAUCUACUUCCGCGCACCUGGUCACUCCCACCUGACCAAAGCAGAUUACAGAGGCUCUCACCAUGCCCAUCCGCGCUCAGCAGCCUCUGGCUCAUCCAGCUCAGGGCGACGGGGAGAGGAACGGGACGGUUCGCACAGGGAUCCAGGGCCCUCCAGGGCCCUAGUGCCUGCAGAGCCCCAGCACCUGGGCCUGUGUCACGUCCACCUCCGGGAACAGCGGCAGAUGCAGGAGAUCCAGACGCAGGCUGAAGCUGACAUGGACAUCAAUGAGAACUUCCUUUCCCAGGAUGCCACAGAGAGGCCGCGCACUAAGUCUGACCCAACCCUGCAGAGCUCGGAGGAAAUCGCUGGAGCUGUGGAGAAUGCCGUACUAGAUAAUUCCUCUUUUAGAAUCCGAGCUCAAACGAUGAGUCAAUCGCAGAAAGCCAUGAGAUACUUCUGUGACUCGUGCAAAGCUCGGCUUAGAGCAGAGGGCCUGUCACCUGUAUUAAAUGGUUGCGGCAGCUCUGGGAAGCACUGCUCCUCCGCCUGCGCGUCCAGGGACGGGGGUGGGGCUGUUGACCUCAUGGCUAUUCCUCCGCCAGGAAACGAAGAGGAGGAUGAGGAAGCAGACCUCGGAGCGGGGAAGCUGCAACCGCCAACAUCUGCUAUCGCCGCCCCGCCUCCGGGGUUUAGAGACAACAGUUCAGAUGAGGACGACGCUAAAAGAGGAAAGAAGAAACGUGCUACGCCCAGUCCGGCCGCUGCCCCCCCUGGGAAGGUGGCCAAGGCCAAGGAAGACGUGCCUGUUACACUGAUUGAUAACGUGGCCACCAGAACAGUGCGGGAUCAUGCCCAGGAGCUUGAUGAUGCUCUCGUUUCCACUUUGCAAGCCCUAGAAGCUUUGGCAGCGUCUGAAGACUACCCCCAUCACCCCCAGCAGCCCACGCAGACUGCAGGACUGAUCGUGCUAGCUGCCAUUACACCUGAGUCUUCUUUGGACUCGGGCCAUGAGACAAACUCCUCAGAGUUGACGGACGUCUCUGAGAUGAUGUCUGCCAUGAAGCAGCAUCAGAACCAAGCUUAUCUACUGGCUCAUCAUAUUAACAAGGAGCGUAUCUUUUGCCGGCGGGACUUCCCUCUGGCCAUUCCCGGCUGUACAGCUCAAACCAUAGGGACUGGGGCUUUCUCUUUGGGUCAAAUCCGUGGUGGAUGCCCUCCUAAACAAGUGAUUCUCAGCAAGACUGUACCUUUAAAAGUCAAUCCAAGUCAAAAGACGUCAGAGCUUAGUGUUGUUGGGGAACCGGUAAGCGCUCCAAAACCUAGUCCAAGUGAGUCAAAGACUGAAGAGCUGAAAUCAAAAGAGGAAUCCACCAAAGGACAUUCUGCUGAGCCACCUUCUAAGUCAGCCAGAGAACCCAAAGUGUCAGAUCCACCAUCUCAAGUCCAAGGGAGUAAGGAUCAGAUGUUAUCCAAUUUGGCGGUGGAAAAAAAGAGUCACAAGAUUCCUGAAAGCAUCAAGGGUAAAUUAACUGCACCUACGAGUAAUGAAUCCACCGCCAAAGCCUUACCUAUCCUUUUUACUGUGGACAUAAAUGCCUCCAACCAGAACUCCCUAAAAAACAUGUGCCAGGAUGCCAAGACUGCCUGUAGUGAGACCAUUAAGCCUUCAAGCUCUAAAGAACUUCUACCAAUCGAUGAUCUUUUCUGCACAUGCCCAGUACGGGCGGAGCCUGGGCCUCAGCUCAGAGUCAAAGAUCCACACAUUCAGAAGAUGGUAGUAUUUCAAUCCUCAUCCCCCACAGAUGAUGAACGUCUACAGGCCAAGGUUCUGCAGCUGACGAAUAGCAAAGAUGUGUCAGUACGGCUGGGAGGAGCAGACCCCAUUUUGUCUAAAUGCAGCCCUAAGGUCCAAACAAAGUACUCCCCUCACAAGCCAGUGAAAGCAGAGACGGGUGACAAAAAAACAGCAGCAGAGGAUAAAGCAGAGGGGUCCCAGAGCAAAGCACAUCCUGAGCAACAGAAAUGUCCCCCGCAAAAGUCUUUACCUAUUUUGGAUGACCCGACACAACCCAGCUCCUCUGUAGACAAGGUCUCCACCCUACCAGCCAGUGACUCAAAGAAGCCGAGCAGUGGUAAGGGGAAGUCACAUCGUAGUGCCCCAUUCCUAAGCUUUAGAAGCCUGCUGUCAGCGACAUUCCCAGCAAGAAUGCGGCGGGAGACAGACGAGCGAAGGGCUCAGCUGCAGAAGGUCCGGCAGUAUGAGCUGGAGUUUCUAGAAGAGCUUUUGAAGCCCAAGUCGUCCCAAGCAGAGUAUCUGCCCCAGGGGUCCUCACCUGUACCUUCAGGUACACCCUGCGCAUGUCAACUUCGCACCAGUCCCGUUUUGAAGGCCCCAGGUAUCUCUCGGGAGCAACGUCGCAGUUGUGACUGCAAGAGAAUGUGCAGAGGCAUGCGUCUCCCUGACACGCCGGUCGGCUCCACAACAGAAAUAUCCCAAAGAGGCAGAGAGAGGAACGCCUCCAAAACCCCCCCCGCGGUCUCAAAAGCCCCUCACAGUCAAGGCAGUACACGGAGGCCGCAGACCCUAGAGCUGAAGACCACCAGAAUCCGCUCUACCAGCCUCGAGUCUAGAGAGCCCAGAGGGGAGCAGGCGUCCUGCUUGCCUACCUGCACCUCUCAAACAGACUGCAUGGGAGCACCACAGUAUAAGAAGCUUCAGAGGCGCUACAGCAUUGGAGAGGUGGACAACAGCUCCAGCACACCCGUAUAUGCUGAGGUCAAACCAAAAGCAAAGAGUCUUGAGAAGGAAAUGGAAAGAGUGAGGGCCACAGGACUGAGGCUUCCGACGCCUAUUGAGCCUGUCCACGCCCAAGCUCACCAAGCAGAGGGGAAGGGGAAAAAGGGUGUGUUCUUCAUUCAGGGCGAGGAGCUUUUACGUGAAAGUAGAGAAGGGCCUAAUGAGGUGCUACUCACCAUACCAAGUGAAGAUAGUGACGAUAGGGAAAAGUGUUGUUCAUUCUGUUUCUGCUACAGAAAAUGUGAGGCAGCAGAUGAAAGCAGUGAGAAGGAUGAGCUCUCAUACUCUAUCCCCCUUCAGAUUCUACCAGGAAUGCAGAUUGAUUCACGCAGCCUACCCAUAGUCAGCAAAACUCUCCAGGUCCUCAAUGCAGAAGACUGUAGUGCCGAAGAAGAGGAACUGGAAGAAGAAGAACCUGAAACACAGGAAAUCGACCUAAGAGCUUGUGGAACAUUGGAGGGGAGCCUUGCCCGAGUCGAGGCUCUGCAGGGGAAGACAUUUUCCCUGCCUGAUGGCUUUCUGAACGCCCAGCUGGAUGCUAACGAGCUGUUAGCUAUCCUUCGGCAGUGCGCUAACAGUCCACAAGCUGAAGGAGAGGCCCGUCUUCAGCCUUUACGGGUUAAUGAGUACAAGCAAGAGCUAGCAUUGCGUUUUAAAGAGUUCCGGGCAUCCUGCCGACGAGUGGCAAGUGUCGAGAAGAGCCCGACACGUAUGCUUGCUGUGGUAACGGCUAGCUUUCAGGUGUUGUGUGACCUGACUCAGACCUUUAUCAAGCUGGUCCGAGGUGUGCGCUCAGAGAAUCAAAGGCUACAGCUGCUAAGAAAGGUUGAAGAAGUGGCUAUCAACUAUACUUUGCUUCUACGCGCAGCAGAGGAGUCAAUGGGACAUUCAAGCAGCCUCCCAUCGAAAACCAUGAGCCCUCAAAUUUGCAGCACUAGUAACAUGAGCUCUCUCACUCGACCCAUCAAGACAUUACCCACUCCGUAAAGAUUAAAAUUAGAGUGGACAUUCAAGUGUAUUGGAGGGUGCUAGCCCAGAUCAACAUCAUCACUUAUUUAUUGUUUACAUUUUUUAAAGAUGUGCUAAGAUCCAUAUCAAAUAACAUUUACAAUGCAGCUGUUUCCCUUCAUGUUUACAGGCACUGUGGAAGCCUAGUGGAUUUUUUGGUUUAACUGAAAAGAUAUGAGAUUAAUGCACAAAGGAUAAAGGACCGGUAGACACAGGGCUAUUCACUUCACAUUCAAAUACUUCAAAAAGUGAAUAUGAUAUACUAUUUUCUAUGUAAUGUAUAUUUAACUUGUACCUUCUUAGCAAAUAAUAUACAAUUUUAUGUUAAAAAAUAUAUGUGAAAAUAUUAUUUUAAAAUAAUUAAUUUAAAAGAGAAAAUAUAUAAUAAAUAGUCAGACAUUAUUAUGUGCUCUGGGCUAUUAUACUGCAGAGAGCUUAUCAAGUAGCGACUUCUGUGAAUUAGCUAGUCCAAAGCAUUGGUUUUAUGGAUGGUGAUGUGUUUGUGGAAUUUCCUGACUGUUGUAAAAGAAAAUGGGGAUCUGUCUUGGCUGUACUGUCGGAUGUACCGUUAUCAAAGCAAUCUCAAUAUUAUUCAGAAGGUAAAAGACAAGUAGGCUGGGGAUACAUUUGAUCUAUGACGAAAAUCUUCCCACUAGUAGAUCAAAGUGCAGGGUAUAAAGCUACCUGCUUUGUGCCAACAAUGUAGCUAUAGGCCUACCCGAGUUGCUAACUGCUGCUGCGUUUCUACAGUAGACCUACUGAUUGAAAAUUAGCUGCAUUUACAGUGUAGUUUAUUUGCAUCUGCUGUGAGCCCAAAAAGGCAAAACACCAACUGCAGUUACUUUGUCAGGGUAAAAAAAAUAAAAGGCUACUUGCUAAUGUGCACCCUUAGCGCUGGAAUCAAGCGUCUCAAUUAGUGCUCUGUGCCAUUAAUUAUAGUCUCAACAAUCUGGGUCAGCAAUCGGAAUCAGCUCUGAAGUUGUAUCUCUUUGUAUAGUUCAGUGCUUUAUAUUUGCUGCUGUUGAGAACUUCCCAUGAUUCAUUUCCAGAACGACAGGUUUCAUCAGUUAAUUUGUUUAAUUCAGGUUUUCAGAUAUAUAGGCCUAUAUGCUCUCUACGUGCUGUUAUAGAUUGUGCAAUGCAGCAAAUAUUUAUGAAUCACACAAAGUAGUUUUCUAUGUAUUUUAAUAAAACUAACACCUCUGUUUCAUGUUUGAGAUCCUCUUUUUGUCUUAUCGUGUUAUCAUAAUUCCGCACAGAGAGGCUGGAUAAAAACCAGGAUACACUGUUAAAAGAAUGAGUUCCACUUAGUGAAGACAAUAAACUGUUAAUUAUUGUAAGAAGGGAAAUGUUUAUAUAUUUAACAUAUACACUAGGUGCACACAUACACAACCAUACAUGCAUUUGUUUCCUUAAGAAUUUCCCUUACAUGUUUUGAUCAAAGGUUUACCUGCAACCAAGGUUAAUUUGAUGGUUGGUUGAUAAAACAAUAAGUGGUUUCAUCUAAAAUAGUUUUAUUUUAUUUUAGAAUGAUUCUGACAAACCUAGUUCUGACAUUCAGAUUGUCUCUUUCAGAUGUGCCAAGUGAAACUGUAGUUCACAUAUAAAACUAAUGAACAAUUUGUUGUGUAAAGUAUUAGAGACUGAUGUUCUACCGACUGGGAUUGGUGUUUUACAUUUGAUAUUUCAAUAAAAAAGUGUCCACGGAGAACAUGGACUCAUAUGGUGCAUUUCCUGCCUUGGUUUCAAAGCAGAAUCAUGGUUCCACACUCUUUUGCCAGUGUGGAGUCCCUUUGCUGUUAUUUUCCUUAAACAUUUUGUUGUUUCCUCCUGGUCCGCAUGAUUUCCCUUAUCUGCUGUACUUUCACUCAAUACGCAGAGGCUUUUGAAGUCACAGUUCAAUGGUCAAAUUGAAAGGGAUUGUACCAUUACUUUGUACAAAGUAUUUUCCAAUUCUUAAGAAAAGGCAUUCACUAAAUUGAAGGCUGUGGUGUUAAUUCUGUGACAAUGUUUUGCAGUGGAUAUUGUACAUGGAGAUGUAUUAUUCUAUACUAGAAAUGUAUAUAGAAAAUAUUUGUGAGCCUGAGAAAUACUUUUAAAACAUCAAAUACUAAUAAAUUUAUCCUACCGCUUCACUAUUUUAUAAAAUAAAAUCUCUGAGUUAUUUAUUUAUAGAGGCCCUGUGGCUAAUAGCAAAACAUAUAUUUUAAAUGAUAUACUAUGAGUAUAAAGCAUGGAACAUGUUUAUUUUUAUAUAUAUAAUAGUAGGCUACGUCUUUUCAUCUGUACCAUAUUCUAUUAACAUGACGAUAAACGUUUUUUGUGGUUAUCAUCAUUUUAUUUGCUUCAACAGAUUGUGUGGGUAUUUCUGUUUCAUUCUCAUAGGCCUAUCAUCAAACUGUUUAUUUCUGUGCACCUUUCCAUCCUUGUCUUUAUUUAAUGUCAACAACCUUGUGGUUACUGUGUUCUUCUGUCUGUGUACUAAGUAACUCAUGUUUUAAUAGCAAUAAAGUAUAUUGAAGAUA